AAGAAAUAUUCAAACUCAGGUAUACAUAUUUUUCUGGACUCUUAUCAUAUCAUAAAACCAAUUUUCUUGGGAGUGUUCUUACAUUGAGAAGUGUGUGUGUGUGUGUUCUUUCUGCUGACAGAGCAUCUAAAAAAUCCAAUCUUUAUCUAAAUUCUAUUUGUAUGAGACGGUAGAAAUGAAGAGUGCCAAGUUCGUGAUAUUGCUUCUCACUCUAAACGUGGUCUACAAUACAGUGACCGCCGUUGGGCCGCCAACAUGUCCUGCCACUGUCGGAAGUGAUUGUUCAGCUAGUUCCAGUGAAUGGGAAGGAGAGUUUUUCCCGGGUGUUCCAAAGAUUAAGUAUGAGGGUCCAUCUAGCAAGAAUCAUCUCGCGUUUAAAUGGUACAAUGCCGAGGAAGAGAUUCUCGGGAAAACAAUGAAGGAUUGGAUGAGGUUUAGUGUUGCAUUUUGGCACACGUUCCGUGGGACAGGUGGCGACCCUUUCGGUGCGCCGACAAAGGUUUGGCCUUGGGAAGACGGCACCAAUUCAUUGGCAAUGGCCAAGAGAAGAAUGAGGGCGAAUUUCGAGUUCAUUGAAAAGCUCGGAGUCGAUAAGUGGUGCUUCCACGACAGAGACAUUGCUCCAGAUGGCAAAACAAUUGAGGAAUCAAAUGCUAAUUUGGAUGAAGUGGUGGCUCUGGCGAAAGAGCUUCAGGGGACAAAGAUUCGUCCUUUAUGGGGUACAGCGCAAUUAUUCCACCACCCUCGAUUCAUGCAUGGAGGUGCAACUAGCCCCGAACUGGGAGUGUAUGCGUAUUCUGCAGCACAGGUUAAGAAAACGAUGGAGGUUACACAUUAUCUAGGUGGUGAAAAUUACGUUUUCUGGGGUGGCCGAGAGGGUUACCAAACUCUUUUGAACACCGAUAUGGAACGGGAGCUCAAUCACAUGGCGAGGUUUUUUGAAGCGGCCGUUGCCUACAAGAAGAAAAUCGGUUUCAAUGGUACACUGCUCAUUGAGCCGAAGCCACAGGAGCCUACAAAGCAUCAGUAUGAUUGGGACGCUGCUACAGCAGCCAACUUUCUUCGUAAAUAUGGAUUGAUAGAUGAAUUCAAACUGAACAUCGAGUGUAACCAUGCAACUUUGUCUGGUCACAGCUGUCACCAUGAGCUUGAGACUGCAAGAAUUAACGGUUUAUUGGGCAACAUUGAUGCAAACACAGGCGAUCCACAAAUCGGUUGGGAUACAGACCAGUUUAUGAUGGAUGUAGGAGAAGCAACCUUAGUUAUGCUCACCGUUGUUAAAAACGGUGGAAUUGCACCGGGAGGUUUCAAUUUUGAUGCCAAAUUGAGGAGAGAGAGUACCGAUGUUGAAGAUAUUUUCAUAGCUCAUAUUGCUGGCAUGGAUACUCUAGCCCGUGGGCUUCGAAAUGCAGCCAAGCUUAUUGAGGAUGGUUCACUGAAUGAGCUUGUUAGGAAGAGGUACCAAAGUUUUGACUCGGAAUUGGGGGCUCUAAUAGAGGCUGGAAAGGCUGAUUUUGAGAUGCUGGAGAAGAAGGCGAAGGAAUGGGGAGAGCCUAAAGUUGCUUCCGCGAAGCAGGAGUUAGCGGAGAUGAUUUUCCAAUCUGCGCUAUAGACGAGUGGAGGGGAAUGUUGUUCUUUUUUUUUUUUUUUUUUUUUUUUUUUUUUCUAUUUUCUAUUUUCAUUUGGAAAUAAGGCAUUUUGCCGUUUUAGCAAGAACGGGGUUUUUAUAAACUAGGGCCUUGAGAUGCACGAUGUUUUCGGUGUGCCAUUUCUAGUUAGGUAGAGUAGUCGAAGGAAUACAGUUUUGUAUGAACUGAGUUUGUUGAAUCUCUCUGUUUCUAUUGUGUUGUGCGCGCGCACGCGUGUUUGCGGGUUGUUUUUUUGGGUUGACAA